AUAACCAGACCUGGUGCUGCUGCAGAGAUGAUUCCUGAUAAAGCCCCAAAGGAGGACGUCUUCCACGGCUCCGAGGAGCUGAAGAAGGAGGCUCACAUCCCCAGCUUUGAGAAGUAUAAAGAGCUCUACAUGAAAUCCAUAGACCAUCCAGAUGAGUUUUGGGGAGACGUGGCCAAAGACUUCUUCUGGAAGACCAAACACACGGGUCCGUUCCUCGAGUACAACUUCGAUGUGACUAAAGGUGAAAUCUACGUGAAGUUCAUGGAGGGAGCGACGACCAACAUCUGCUACAACCUGCUCGACCGCAACGUCCACGACAGGAAGCUCGGAGACAACGUGGCCUUUUACUGCACGUUUCAGAAGCAUCUCUCCGCUCCACAGCGCUAUCAAUACGAGUCUAUUUCAAACAGAAGACGCUUCAAAGCUGCGUCGAGCUCCACAGAGCAAAUAGAGCUGGACAGGAAGUCAGACACAGAAACGGCACAGAGAGAAACAGACAGGGAGGGUAAAGAGAAAACGCGUCCUGUUCCGCAGGUCCCGUGGGACCCGGAGGUGGAUCUGUGUUGGCACUCUCUGAUCCGCGGAGCGUCAGACGAGUGUGAGCCGGAGUGGUGCGAGUCUGAAGAUCCGCUCUUCAUCCUCUACACCAGCGGCUCCACCGGCAAACCCAAGGGAGUUCUUCACACCGUCAGCGGCUACAUGCUCUACACUGCCACCACCUUCAAGCUGGUGUUCGACCACCAGCCGGGUGACGUCUACUGGUGCACGGCGGACAUCGGCUGGAUCACCGGACACUCCUACAUCACCUACGGCCCGCUGGCCAACGGAGCCACCAGCGUCCUGUUUGAAGGCCUGCCCACCUACCCCGAUGUGGGCCGUAUGUGGGAGAUUGUGGACAAAUACAGCGUGACCAAGUUUUACACGGCCCCCACCGCCAUCAGGAUGCUGAUGAAGUUCGGCAGCGACCCGGUAGUAAAGUAUAAACGAGAGUCUUUGAAGGUUUUGGGGACGGUCGGCGAGCCCAUCAAUCCCGAGGCCUGGCAGUGGUACUACAAUGUGGUUGGAGACAAGAGAUGCCCCAUUGUCGACACCUUCUGGCAGACAGAAACUGGCGGACAUGUGUUGACUCCUCUGCCUGCAGCCACACCCAUGAAACCAGGAUCUGCUACGUUCCCGUUCUUUGGAGUCGUGCCAGCUAUCUUGAAUGAGUCGGGAGAGGAGCUGGAGGGCCCGAGUGAAGGAUACCUGGUGUUCAAACAGCCGUGGCCCGGUGUGAUGAGGACGGUGUACGGAAACCAGCAGAGGUUUGAAACCACCUACUUCAAGAAGUUUCCUGGAUACUACGUCACAGGAGACGGUUGCCGUAGAGACAAGGACGGCUACUAUUGGAUAACAGGGAGGAUAGACGACAUGCUGAAUGUCUCAGGUCACUUGUUGAGCACAGCGGAGGUGGAGUCGGCUCUGGUGGAGCACGAGGCCGUCGCCGAGGCCGCCGUGGUUGGCAGACCUCAUCCCGUCAAAGGAGAGAGUCUCUACUGCUUCGUAACGCUCAACGACGGAGUGACGUACAACCGCCCGCUGGAGGCAGAGCUCAAAAAACAAGUGAGGGAGAAGAUUGGUGCCAUCGCCACACCAGACUACAUCCAGAACGCACCAGGACUCCCCAAGACCAGAUCUGGUAAGAUCAUGCGACGGGUGCUCCGCAAAAUCGCCUGCGACGAAAGGGACCUCGGCGACAUCUCCACACUGGCGGACUCGUCGGUGGUGGAGCAGCUCUUCCAGAACAGAUGCUGCCCUGCGGUGUGAAGGCCUCCAGGAUCCUCGCAAGGAGGCUCCGACUGCAGCCGUACUCCAGCGGCCACAAAGCCAACCAGAGGAGGAGGAGGAGGGAGGAAGAGGAGGAGGAGGAAAUUCCAAGAACUUGGUCUUGUCCAGCAAACAACAGAACCUUUAUUUAAAUGACCCCACAGUCCAUUGUAAGGUUUGCCAACAUUUGUCUGGUAACUGGUAGAAACUUCCUGCUAAUAGUAGUUAACUGAUAAUUUUAACAGUAAGAAGCAAAGUUUAGGAAUUAAUAAAAAAGUUAAAAAGUAGUCGGUAUAGCUGCAGGUAAAAAAAACCCCAAAAAAAACAAAGCAGUUGUGUCAAUGAGAGCGAGAAGCUGGGGUUUGUUUCUGGGUGAGAGGUAGAACUGCGUAACACUGCAUUUGGGUUUAUUUCAGUGUUUAAGACAAUAAUACACAGCAAUAUCUGUUUUUCUACUGCUAACUAAAGAUGUACUGUCAGUAUGUCUACAGUAGUGUUUUCUCUCUGCAGUGAGUUUCUGUCAGCACAAUAGGUUUUUUUCUGUGGUCAAAGGAGUAAAUACACUGGAAUAAGUCCCAUGUGAAGUGCUACCGGUUAGCUGCCCUGUAGUUAAUAUAACAAGUCGUCUCCUCCCCUCGCUCGAUGCCAUAGUACUGUUAUGUACACUGAUGAUUAGCUAAAUCUGAGAACGCUCAAUAAUUCUACUAGUUAUAAUUUUUAUUGUAUUUUUUUAAAGCAAAUAUGUAGAUUUUUUUUUGUCUCUUUUUUUCUGUUUUUAUUUGGACUGAUUUUUGACAUAGGAUUUGUUGGGUAUUUUUGUUUGUUUGUCUGCACGCUUGUUUGUUCUUAUUCUUCAUUAAGUUGCAGGGAAGUUUAAAAAAAAAAAAAAAAAAGCAAUCAGACUCUUCUGUCAGUCUGGUGGAAAUGGGGGGAAAAGUGUUUGGUGUCAUCAUCCGGCUCCUCUCAAAAGCCCCAAACCAGCUGCUGCUCUGAUGUUGAGAAAAAAGGAACAUUUUCAUAUGUUUUCCAAUAACAACCAAAAUAGCAAACACUGUUUCUAAACCGAAAACAAUAAUUAAAUUUGUUUCGUUUUUUUUUUUUUUUUUACAAUGUUUAGUUCCACAUUUCAUGUUUAAUUUGGACUUUACAACAGCCUGUAAUCAAUAAAGGUACCAGCAUCAAUUUCAAAUGGCUGUAAUUAUCAUUGCAAUUAUGGAAGGGAAGUGUGGAUCGUGAUUUUGGUACUACUCUAAAAAUAAUAAAUGUUUAAAUCCUUUAAAUUAAAGCUAAAGCUCAGAUGUGAAUAAGACAAUAAACGGUGUCAUUAUUCAUGUUUAAACUUUUCUUCAUCAAAGAAAAGCUAACCAUGAUGGUCCGUCACGCUGCCUUUUAAGCAAAUCUACAGCGCAUGAACUAAACAUCUGAACUCUGAGCUGAUUUGGGGCUUUGAACGGUUUCUAGUCUUGAAUGUAAGAAAGAUUUGAUUCUGACUCCAGUUGAGUCAGAAGAAGCAGAAGCAGGACCUCCGUAUAGAUUUAUAUGAUUGAUCAUAUUUUCAUUAUUUUAUCUUUUUCUUUUUGCUGUUUGUGUCUCAAUGUGCCAACCUAAAUAACAGUGGAACUGGGUGUAAAAAGCUAAUAAUCGUAAUGUUUUUUUUUAAAGAAAAAAGAAAGUGCAGCUGCUUAUAUGAUUUAAAAGCGUUUUGUUUUUUUUGUCUAUAUUAUAAUUUGAAUGAAGGAAAGAGAAUUUUGUUUGUUUUUUCUGGUCAUCCUCACUUUUGUGUUGGUUUCAUUUCCCUGUUUGUAUCAAGUGUAUGCAAUGACAGUAAAUGGACAUGACUACUGCCUCUCAUCCUCACUGGC